AAGCGAAGAAGAAGAAUUCAACGUUUCCCGGUAGUUGGGAGCGCCCUUAAGUGGCUUCCAAAUUUCUUUUGGAGCCCGAGUUAAAUAGCAAUUGUGCGGAUUCAAGUGCCAUUUCGUGACUUUACCCAGCCGACGCACCGUGAUGUUUUCCCCACAUUAGCUGUUGGCUGGCGGCUAGCGUCUUCGAGACUCAUCGCUGAAAGAAAUGGGAAGAAGAGAUUAUGAGGAACAUGUCAGAUUUUGCUCAAUCGGCAGUUACAUUCCGGACUCACUAAAUCGGUUGUUCGCCGACACAGACAGCGAAAUGGAGGAGGCCUCGGAGGUGAUGGAAAAUAUUGUGUUCCGAGGAGCAGAAUUUGCCGUGAAGGUAGAAGUGGAUAAGGGUGCGCUGCUGGUCGAAAUCUCCGAUUCAAAGACGGCAGAUCAAUGGAAGGGAGAAUUUGAUCCGGCGUACAUUGAAGAUCUCACACGAAAAACUGGCAACUUCAAACAGUUCCCCAUUUUUUGUAGCAUGUUGGAGUCGGCCAUGAGAAAGACGAGUGACUCUGUCACUCUGGACCUGUUGACCUACGCGGACCUAGAGUUGCUGCGGAACAGGAAAGCGGGAGUGGUGGGUCGCCCUCGAGGCCAUCCGCAGUCGUGCGCUCUCACCGCCAAACGUUACCUUAUUCUCAUCUACACGGUGGAAUUUGACAGGAUACAUUACCCUUUACCGCUGCCGUAUAUUGGAAAGCCGGACCCGGCCGCCCUGCAGAAGGAAAUCAGGACCCUCAGGGCAGAGCUCAGCGCGCUCACUUCUCGGGGGGUCGACAAGUCUGCGGAGGUCGAAAUCCACCGCUUACGAGCAGAGCUGGCUCUGAUGAAGGAGGAGAAAGAGGCCAUCGGCAAGGUCCUGGAGCGACUGCAGCUGGGCGGAAGCGCUUGUACCUCCGGCGGACGUCAGGACCGGAGGGGUGGGGACGCGGUGAGGACCUUGGAGGAGCAGCUGCUCAAGGAGAGGGCCAAGAAUCAGCACUCAGCCAGCAAACGAUGCCAGGAGCACCGUCUCCUGAUGGAGCAGCUGGAUGAGCUGAGGGCUUCCGAGUGCACGCUCCGCCUUCAUGUCAAGAGUCUCACCAAUGAACUGGCACUUCUACGCAGAGGCAAAGGGACGCCCCAGUCCGGAUGCGGGGAGAUCUGUCGCUUACGCAACCCUGUCCGGGGUCGCUCAGGAUCCAGAGAACGCAGAGGAGACAGAGUGCAAAGGUCAACGGAAAGAGGAAGAAGAGCGGACUCGACGGGGCCCCACGCUCUCAUACGAAGGUCGUCACCUUCGCCCACCGGGUCCCGAGCGCCUCGCUUUGACCCGACUGCUUACAUCCAGGACCGACAGCGCCGGCUGAGAGAAUCCGAACUCAAAAAACAGUUAAAGGUGCGGCGAGACUUAAUGGUGUCGCCGUCGCUGGUGCCCGAGCGUGGGCGUUCCCGCUCCAGAGAGGCUUGCCCUCAGUUGAGUCGCUCCGGCAGCCGAGGUAGAAGUUUGUCUGUGGAGCGGCGAGGGAGCAGGAACUCCUCGGAGAGCUCCUUAGUGGAUUUGGAGGAAAUGACCAAGGCGCUGCUCAGGAGAAGGAAACAGACGUUCAAUGGCCCCAGUGCGUCCAGAGGGAGCCUUAUAGCCCGGAAGCCCUUAAGCAGCACUCCAACAUACAGGAUGAAGGACAAAGAGAGCUCCAUCGACACAGGCGCGGAGCUGUCGGAGAUAGACGCCAGGCUUCAGGCCCUGCAGGAGUACAUGAGGGACUUGGACACAGGACAUUGACAGAUGGCACAGCAUGCAGCCCAACAUAGCUCAUGUGCUGCACUCGACAAGAGCUGAACAGCGUUUGCAGCUCUUGGCGCCAUUUUGUUUCUUUUCCCUCUGCAUGACCCAGAAACAGCUCAGACUGCUUUUUUUUUUCCAGGACCUCAAACAUCAGGAAAUGAAAGCAGUCACAGAAAGUCUCCAGCCUACUUUUUCAUGACUGUUUUCAAAUAUUUUUUUAUUAAUGUAAAAUAGUAUUGUGAAUAAAUGUGGCUAUGAUCCAAACAAGUGGAUUUAACUUAACAUUUGUCAGUGUUGCUUAUUAAAUGUUUUGUUUAAAUUGUACAGUUUUGCAUCCUUUACAGCAUCAGCACGAAGCAGGGGCGGCAGAAGUUCUCACAACCUGUACAUAAAAGAAGCAAUGAAUACCUGCUUUUUCGCAGUUUGGCAUCUGCAAAUUCACUUAUUUCCUGUUGAUGUGCUCAGGCCAAAGCAAAAGUAUUGCUAAUAAAUUGUAUUUUACAUUUUAGUGCGAAUGAACCAUGUUGAAGUGAUUUGAAAAGUUUCAUUCUGAUAAAAGUAGCGCU